GAUGAUAAUCCUGAUGAUGAUUCAAGCACUCUAAGCCCAAAAUUCUUGUGGGCCGAAGUCCAAAAAAUGUUAAAAAAUAUGCAAGGCGAAAAAAAGUUAGUAAUUAGAGUUGUUCCCAAAUUACUUCCAGAGGUUGUUCCCGAAGUACUUCCAGAGGUCGUUCCCAAAUUACUGCCAGAGGUUGUUCCCGAAGUACUUCCAGAG